UACGGUACAAUGUCCUGCAUCAACUGUCCAUCCAAUUAUCGUGUAAUUAUGGAGACCAAUGGGCCGACUAUUACCGAGCAGCCACCACCAGCAGCGGUGCAGCCAUUACCUCCCGUACAAUGUUCAUGUCAGCGUAUUUUUCAACAGCAACAACAGCAUCCCCACCAUCCACUGCAACAGCAACAGCAACAGCAACAACAUCAACAGCGGAAGCCGCAACCACAAACAAGGCAGCAGCAAUCGCUGCUAUACCAGCAACAACAACAACAACAUCGCCCAGAACAGCCUUUAGAACAGUUGGUAACAUGCUUCCAUCACCAGCCAGCAGAGCAGUCGUCAGCCAAUAGCAGAUCCAGCCCACAAGACUCUCAAAAUUCGCAGGCUUCCACUGCCACCUCAGCUGGAGCAUUUUGCAAAAGUUACUACCCACGAUCUACAUCUGAAUCCGGUGGCCAGUUAAGCUGUAGGUGCCCAUUCGAAAUCUCCAUAUCAUCGGCGCAUCCCCCGGCUAGACCGUCCUAUGCAAUACGUCUGCCUAGUGGCAUGGCGCCUGCGGGUAGUCCCGGCAGAAAUUCGACAAGUGAUGACGAGUUCUAUUCCCUUAGUUCAGCGUCAUCUGAUCGGGAUGAUUGCAUGCCACCGUCAGCAGGCAAAGGGAAUGGACAGAAUAAAAAAGAAAUAACCACAAAGAGAGACUUUAUGGACUGCGAAUUCACUUCGCCCGGGAAAGAGAAAAAGCCAAAGUCGAAUAAAAACCCGCCACGAAAUGUGGCUAUACUUCAAUUACUACGCGAAGUAGUUCAAUUAAUCAAUCAGUCGGACGAGAAUGGCAGAGCACACGGGUGCGAUGUGGCACCGACAAAAAUGCAUAGUAUCGGUGCGCUUGGCUCAGAGGAGCCAGUGGCGGAUAAUGGCCCUUUCAGUUCCGGCUUCAAAAUAACAUUCACGCCGAGUCGCAAAGCCACCAGUCCUAAUGCAUCAUGCGCACCUUCGGAAAUGUCCGAGCCGCAGCCUCUAGGUCAACCCGUGAACAUACCACUGCAGUUGCCAUGCAAUCUUAUCAUCACCCCAAACUUGCUGACCUGCGCGCCUUGCCCGCAUGUCCCCGCUUGUGCGACCAAAACGCCACAGCAGAUGCAGAUUGCGCCGACACGAGAAGUGGGCACAAAGUGCUCAACGAAACAGCAAAUUCGGGAAGCAACCGCUGAGGAUUUUUGCAGCUUGAAGGGAUUGCCUAGCAGCUGUAUUGGAGAUCUCGAAUUGAUCGAGGAGAUAGCAGCGCUGGCGUUGACAGCCGAACCUAAACAAUGCACAGAAUCAUCUAGAUCAGAAUCCAAUGACGUGGCAUCUAGAAAGGUUUCUCCCGAAGAAUGCAUCUGCAAUCAGCCUUACAUUUGUCCGGUGCAUGGCUUUUACAUGCCAGUGGUCGCACAAGGCGAAACUUCAGUGACACGUGACUGUUCGCAGCCCAUCGACGAGGAAGAAGAAUGCAAUGGCAUGUAUGGAGAGAACACCGACAUCGUAACGGAACCGAGCCAAUCGCAAACACACGUCUCGUCAGCUCAAUCGGCAACAACCAAUGCAACGAAGAAGAGUGAUGGUAGAGAAUGCAGCUGCUGCCAUUGCCAGGCAAUGCGUGACAAACAAAAUUGCCUGACCAUUGCGACAACGGAUCAGGCGCAGGACCAGUACAAUUGCAGAGAAUUGAAAUUCUUUAUCGAUUCUAUAAUAAUGGACCUGGAUGCGAUGGAUAAGGCGCGGCGUAAAAAACAAAUCGAACAGAACACCACGCCAACCAGCGCCAAGGUCUGUUCAC